CGCACUGUUCAAGAUAGGGAGGAAAGCUAUAUCUUUAUAUAGUACAAUGUUGUUGUUCCAAAUCUUCCGAUGUCCGUGGCUUUUAAUAACCGUCCUUGUGCCGUGUUAUGGCAGCCUAAAACCGGGCUUCUCUCAACUUCAGCGAGGACACAGAUUGGACAGGAAACUGAUCCAGUCAUUUACAGAAGUCAGUUUCUUGGACUGUGUGACGGAAUGUAUGGUGACACCACGGUGUAAAUCAGUCAACUAUUUCAAAGGGGCUAAUUACUGUGAAAUCAAUUACGAAAAUAAGACGACAGCGGAGACUAACUACAUGGACAGUGCUGGAUGGGUAUACAGUGAAAGGGGGCACUGGCCUAAGGAGCUGGCUGGAGCUUGUUCGAACUCAACCUGUGAAAUCAACCAGACAUGUAAACACAAGAGAUAUUCCGAGGAAAAAAUUUUUGAAUGUGUUUUGUCAGAUUGUGGAAUACCUGAUCAAAAAGGAAUAAACUUGAAUACAACACGACGUGAGGACGCCAUUGGUAUACACAGGAGGAUACACGCCUCGUGUUCUGACGGAUACUCCCAGUCUGGUUCAGGACGUCUGAACUGUCAGUCAAACGGAGAGUGGAAAUACAACAUUGUCUGUACAGAUAUUGAUGAAUGUCUGAGCAAUCCAUGUCAGAAUGGAGGAACAUGCAGUAACAACAAUGGAUCUUUCACUUGUAUGUGUGCACAUGAUUGGAGAGGGACACUUUGUAAUGAAGAUGUUGAUGAAUGCCAGAGUGAUCCUUGCCUCAAUGGAGCCACAUGUAUAAACACACCCGGCUCAUUCAACUGUACAUGUGACGCCGGAUGGACCGGGAUAAUUUGUGAUGAAGAUAUCAAUGAAUGUCUUGACAAUCCAUGUCAAAACGGAGGAACAUGCAGCAACAGCGAUGGAUCUUUCACGUGUACAUGCGCAGAUGGAUUCACAGGGGCACUCUGUAAUGAAGAUAUCAAUGAAUGUCUUGACAAUCCAUGUCAACACGGAGGAACAUGCAGCAACAGCGAUGGAUCUUUCACGUGUACAUGCGCAGGUGGAUUCACAGGGGCACUCUGUAAUGAAGAUAUCAAUGAAUGUCUUGACAAUCCAUGUCAAAACGGAGGAAUAUGCAGCAACAGCGAUGGAUCUUUCACGUGUACAUGCGCAGGUGGAUUCACAGGGGCACUCUGUAAUGAAGAUAUCAAUGAAUGUCUUGACAAUCCAUGUCAAAACGGAGGAACAUGCAGCAACAGCGAUGGAUCUUUCACGUGUACAUGCGCAGGUGGAUUCACAGGGGCACUCUGUAAUGAAGAUAUCAAUGAAUGUCUUGACAAUCCAUGUCAAAACGGAGGAAUAUGCAGCAACAGCGAUGGAUCUUUCACGUGUACAUGCGCAGGUGGAUUCACAGGGGCACUCUGUAAUGAAGUUCUGUCGAACAUCGCAAUAGGUAAACCUGCCACACAGUCAACAACGUAUAAAGACUAUAACGCCACGCAUGCAGUGGAUGGCAACAGAGGAACAAACGUUGAUGUAGACACGUGUACAUUCACAGAUUAUUUUGACACCAAUCCCUGGUGGAGGGUGGAUCUACAGGCUGUGUUUAACAUCACAUCUGUCAGAAUACUCAACAGCGGGAUAGAUAAAUACGGAGGUAAUUGUAAAAAGUAA